UCUUAUUAAUAUUUCCCUGUUUCUUUCUUUUGCGACGGCGGAGUCUCUUCUUGUCCACCAACGAUCGCCUGCGUCGGAAUCGAAGAAGAAGAAGAAGAGCAGAGGCAGAGAUGGCCGGCAUCGAAAAUAAUACCAGAAACAAAGUGAAAGCCAUAUCGCCGCUGGCGCAAUGGAAAGUCGAUAACCUCAGAUUCGACAACUAUCGUCGCUCCGGUACUUUCAAGAUCGGGAUCUGGAACUGGUGUUUGACCGUCUGGAACAAUUAUUCUGUAUUGUCCAUCCGGCUCAUCUACGAGCCCAAUUUCAUCACGGAAGAUAAACACCCUUUCGCCCAAAUCGUCAUCAACGCCAACUGCACUGGUUCCACGAAUUAUCACUAUAGGUCCACUGUAUAUAAGCAUUUCUCCCUGACUGAAAAAAAGGUGAUUUGGCAUAUAGAAUUUGUUUCUGCCUCGAGUGUUACAAUGUUAGUUGAAUUUGUGGAUUUGAAGAUAUCUACCUCAAAUGAUGCUUCACAAUCUUCAAUACGGCCGGAUGACAGCUUGCUUCUGGAUCGUUUACGAACCAUCUCUCGUAUGUUUCAAGAGAGCAUGUAUACCGAUAUUACAAUCAAAACUUUGGAUGGUUCCUUGAGAGCUCACAAAGCUGUGCUUGCUUCAAGUUCCCCCGUUUUCAAGUGCAUGUUUUUGCAUGAUCUUAAGGAGAAACAAUCAUCCAUAAUAAAAAUAGAGGACAUGUCGACGGAUGUAUGCUCGGCUCUUCUUGCAUACAUGUAUGGGACUAUCAAACAACAAGAUUUGGAGAAGCAUUGCUUCCCGUUGCUGGCUGCUGCAGACAAGUAUUAUUUGCAAGACCUUAGAAAGUGUUGCGAGAAAAUGCUUUUGGAAGAUAUCAAUUCCAGUAAUGUCUUUGAGAGACUUCAAGCAGCAUGGCUGUAUAAGCUGGACAGAUUAAAGGAGGACUGCUUCAAAUACUUGUCUGAUUUCAAUAAGUUACACGAUAUGAAAGAGCAGCUGCAUGAUUUCUAUUUCCAUGCUGAUAGAGAACUACUUCUGGAAGUCUUCAAAAAAACCAUUAGUGCUAAGAAGCCUUGAUGAUCGUUGUGGCAGUGUCAAUUGUUAGCAAAUUAAGAUUUAUUACUUAUAGACUUGUACAAAUGAGAAGGUUUUGGUUUUUGAAUAAAGCAUUAUAUUUUUUUUUUCAGUUAAGAUUUGUUUUGAAGAUCAUUUUAGAGAGGACAAUAAAACUCUAAUUCCCCGCGACAAUG